AAAAUAACAACCCCUAUUCACCCCUCCUCCUCUCAUCGAUUCUACCAAAUUAUGGUUCUAUUUAAUUUUCUACUGUUGUAACCAUACUCAACUCGCCCAACCCAAAAAAUUCUCUCCUUCAUCUACACAAGAAUUCAAUAUUCUUGAUGUGGGUUAAAUGGAUACCUUGUUUGGACUGGUGAGUCUUCAAUCUGAUAAUUCCAUCAAUUCUAGCAGGACCUCAAGCAGCUCUAGGUCAUCCAGACAAAACCAUCAGUACUACCAACACGAAGACGAAGAAUGCUACAACAUUUUCAUGGAUGAAGAAGACUUCUCCUCGUCUUCUUCUAGGCAAUACUAUCCUUAUCAUCAUCGGCAUCAACCCCACCCUUCUACUACCACCACCCCCACCACCACCACCACCAACACCAGCACUCCCACUACAACCCACCAACAUGGUUUUGAGCCUACUGACUUCUCCUCUUCCCCUGCUCGUGACCUCAACUUUGAUUUCUCCGGGAAGUGGGCCAACGAUAUCCUCCUCGAGACCGCACGUGCCAUAGCUGAUCGGAACAGCGCACGUGUCCAGCAACUCAUGUGGAUGCUCAACGAGCUCAGCUCUCCCUAUGGUGACACCGACCAAAAGCUCGCUUCCUAUUUUCUCCAAGCCUUGUUUAGUCGCAUGACGGACUCCGGCCACCGAAGCUACCGGACUUUGGCAUCUGCAUCGGAGAAAACAUGUUCUUUCGAGUCAACCCGAAAAAUGGUGUUGAAAUUCCAAGAGGUGAGUCCAUGGACUACUUUUGGUCACGUAGCUUGUAAUGGUGCAAUUAUGGAAGCCUUUGAAGGGGAAACCAAAUUGCACAUAAUUGACAUUAGUAACACAUAUUGUACUCAAUGGCCUACCUUGCUGGAAGCCCUAGCCACCCGGACCGAUGAAACACCCCACCUCAGGCUAACCACCGUCAUGACCGGAAAAUCCAAUGGUGGCUCCAGUUCAGCCGGAGAAGGAGGUAAUUUGGCGGCUGUCCAAAAGGUAAUGAAAGAAAUUGGUUCCAGGAUGGAAAAGUUCGCAAGGCUCAUGGGGGUACCCUUUAAAUUCAAUGUAAUACACCAUGCCGGUGAUUUAUGUGACCUAAAUUUUGCUGAACUUGAUAUCAAAGACGAUGAGGCUCUUGCUAUCAACUGUGUUGGUGCGUUACACACGACCGCCGCCGUUGACAACCGUAGAGAUGUUCUGAUAUCUAAUUUUAGAAGACUGCAGCCGAGGAUAAUCACAGUGGUGGAAGAAGAAGCUGAUCUUGACGUCGGGGUCGACGGAUUCGAGUUCGUGAAAGGUUUCCAAGAAUGCAUACGGUGGUUUCGGGUGUAUCUUGAGGCAUUGGAUGAAAGUUUUCCGAGAACGAGUAAUGAACGAUUGAUGCUAGAAAGGGCAGCGGGGAGAGCGAUAGUUGACUUGGUGGCAUGUCCGCCGUCCGAGUCAAUCGAACGACGGGAGUCCGCCACGCGCUGGUCAAGGCGGUUGCAUGCGGCGGGUUUUGGUCCGGUAGGGUUCAGCGAUGAGGUGUGUGAUGAUGUACGCGCCUUGUUGCGAAGGUAUAAGGAGGGAUGGUCAAUGGCACAGUGCCCGGACGCCGGAAUAUUCUUGUCGUGGAAGGAGCAGCCGGUGGUGUGGGCGAGCGCAUGGAGGCCGUGAAGAAGGUUUGGGUAACUUUGGUGGGGUGUGAUGGAUCACACGUGCGUUAAUGGGAGUGGUGAUGUUUGUGGGGUGUGUUUGGAAGAAAAUUGAGAAUGGAUGGUGAGAGUGUUUGGAAGAAAUUUGCUUGGAUUUGAAGAGGAUUGCAAUUAAGUAAAAAUUGAUUUUCAUAAAUCUUUGUUUUUGUUUAUGAUGAUUAUUUGUGAUUAUUAAUUUUGAUUUUAUAUAUGGAAGGAAUAGGCCAUAUGGUUUUGAGAAUU